AUGCAGAUCUUCGUGAAAACAUCGACAGGGAAAACCAUAACACUCGAGGUUGGAUCGAGCGACUCCAUCGACAACGUCAAGGCUAAAAUUCACGACAAGGAAGGAAUCACAGUGGGUCAACAGCGUUUGAUUUACGCCGGAAAACAGCUCGAUGGUGGCCGGAAUCUUGCUGAUUACACCAUUCAGAAAGAGUCUACUUUGCAUUUGGUUCUGAGGCUAAGGGGCGGCGGCCAUGGCAGAGCUAUUGCUGAAUAUUAUAGAUAUGACCCAAAUCUUAGGAAGUUGGCUCAGAAAUACGUUCUCAACAAGCAAAUUUGUCGCAAGUGA